GCUGCGAGCGGCCGCGUAAACAUGGAGCUCUCGGCCGUCGGGGAGCGCGUCUUCGCGGCCGAGGCCCUGCUCAAGCGCCGCAUCCGCAAAGGCCGCAUGGAAUAUCUGGUCAAAUGGAAGGGCUGGUCGCAGAAGUACAGCACUUGGGAACCCGAGGAGAACAUCCUGGAUGCCCGGCUGCUCGCAGCCUUCGAGGAGAGCUUUGGUUCUUUUAACACCUCUAGGGAGCGAGAAAUGGAGCUUUACGGGCCCAAAAAGCGAGGCCCCAAGCCCAAAACCUUCCUGCUAAAGGCCCAGGCAAAAGCCAAAGCCAAAACCUAUGAAUUCCGCAGCGACUCUUCCAGGGGGAUCCGGGUGCCGUAUCCCGGCAGGUCCCCCCAGGAGCUGGGCUCCACGUCCCGGGCUAGGGAAGGACUGAGAAACAUAGCCCUGGCCCCCCAGGGCAGCUCCAGCAGCAGCACCCCCAAGGCAGACGGCAUCCGGGAGCGGGUGAUCCGCGUGGAGGAGAAGCCCGGGGAGACCCCCAAAAAGAGAGGCCCGAAGCCCAGGAAGGAGCUUUACAAGGACCUUGCGGAGACUCUGGACGCCUCCAAGAGGAAACUGGGGGAGCCGGGGGACAAGGUGGGGGACUACCUGAAGGCCAGGAAGAUGGAGGAGGCGGCGGGGGCAGCCAAGUUUGGCUCGGGACACAGCGUGAUCCAGCUGGCCCGGCGGCAGGAGCCCGACCUGCCCGGCGCCCUGCCCGGCCCCACCCGCGCCGAGCCGGGCCCCGAGGCCUUCCCCCCGCGCCUGGCCAAGCACCGGGCGGACUUCCUGGACCCCAAGGGGCAGGGGGGGCUGGACCCCGGCGGGCCCAAGCUCCUGCACGGCGCCGUGGGCCCGGGGGCCGUGGGCGGCCUGUACCGCGACGGCGUGGGGGGCCCGGCGGGGCGGCCCUCGCUCAUCGCCAGGAUCCCCGUCUCCAGGAUCCUGGGGGACCCCGAGGAGGAGUCCUGGAGCCCCUCUCUCAACAACCUGGAGAAGGUGGUGGUAACUGAUGUGACCUCUAACUUUUUGACCGUCACCAUCAAGGAGAGCAGCACGGACCAAGGAUUCUUUAAGGAGAAGCGAUGAGUUUGGUGGAGGUGGUGCUGGGGUUUUCUUCAGUCAGAUCCAGACAAAAGCUUGGUAGAGCUUGGUGGGCCUCUCUUUUUUUUCUUUUUUUUUUAUGCUCCUUUUUUUUUUUUUUUUCUUUUAAAUUUUUUUUUCUUUUGUUUUUGGUCCUGGAGAGAAUUUAGAAACUGUCCUAAAUUCAUUAACUCAUUCUUUUGUUUUGGUUUUUUUUCACGUCUUACAUUUCGUUGGAAAGAUUAUCUCUAGAGUUAUAUUUUCUAUUAGAUGUAAAUAUGUUAUUUAAGAAAAAAUGCUUAUAUAUAUAUCUAUAUAUAUAUAUUUCAACUCUGAGUUGUUUUAUUUAAAUGGAGACAACAGUGACUGCUCAGUUGCUCCUAGAAAGGACAAUAAAACUGAGAACUAACGAGUUCACGCAUCUGCCGCAGGAGCCGGUGUACAUAACAGUGUUCAUAGCUAAGUAUGUGCUGGGUUUUUUUAACUAUUAUUUUUCAUAUGAUGCUAUGGAUGGUGGAGGGGGACGUGUUGCUCCCUCACAGGGCUGAGUGCCCGGAUUUCUUGAUUGUGAUUUAAGGUGUUGCUUGUACAAUCAAGUGUGCUGUGUCCAGGACUGUUGCCCUUGACAGUUGACGUGAGCACUUGAAUUCACAGUGUUGUUGGGGAUGGGGUGUUUCCAGUCUAACAAAAAAAGUCAUGUUGCUACAAAGUCGGGGCGGGGAAAAGCAGAAAUCCAUAAAAAGGCUAAAAGUGUUGGAGUAUUAACUUGAAUUCCCUUUUCUUGCGGAGGAGAGGAGUUUGUGUGUGUAAGGCUCCUGAGGGGUGAUACUGAAAUGCACUUUAAUAGAGUUGUCGUAGCAGUUGUGGGAGAUGGGACUGAGCUGAGUAUAUCUGUUUUCAUUUUGUCUGGUCGCUUGAUUCUGUUCCCCCACCCACUAAAAACAAAAAACCCCAACAAAACCCCCCUCUGUUUACAUUCCUGAAAUGCCAGAGAGGUUGGGGAGGGAACAUCUCACUGCCCAUAUUUAGUUACUUUUUUCUGCUACAGAAAGUGGAUUAUUAUUAUUUUUAUUCCCAAUCACAGUUUACUUCAGACUGUUGGAAGACUCUUGAUAAAGUGUUUUGUAAUAUCCACAUCCCUGACGAAUCCCAGGGUCACCUUUAUGCAUUCAGAGACAAUAAACAUUUCCCUUUCCUUACGCUGGUUAAACAAUA